GGACUGAAAGCCUUCAGCCUGAAAAGCAGGUGUCGUUCUUCAACUCGAUGUCGUUUUCUUUACUUUUUCCGCUCAUAAAAAAAUUGUAAAUAUUACGUCCGAAAGGGAUUUCAGUGAGUCUUCAUCAUUUGGAAUGUUUCGUUGUAUUCAUUAAAAGCCUUUUAAAAGGAGUUCGUCUACUUUGUGUGUGUUUCGAUCCUCAUCACAGCAUUAUUGUUGCCAUGAGUGAUGAGCUUGUGUGCUUCUUUAUUCGUUUGUGCCUCACUUGAAUCUGUUUUCCACCGCCUACUAUUAUAAGAAAAACUGCUUGUUGUCCCAAACGGGCUGAAUUUAGGCACCGUGUCGAUUAUCCUAGGUGCUGAGAUGAGAGUUGAAGAGGCUGAAGAUGAAGAUGUUGCAGCUGGUGAGGCCUUAUUAGGUUUUCCAGGUGCUUCAAAUGCAAUGAGCCAAAGUAGCGGUCUGAAUCCGCUUGGCAGUGGAAGUGGUGCAAUUGCCUCAGACUCGAAUGUGACUUUAUGGCAGUUUCUUCUCGAGUUGUUGCUGGGUGGAUCUCAGCAUGCCCAUCUCAUAUCAUGGACUGGGGAAGAAGGCGAAUUCAAACUUCUCGACGCCGAAGCUGUUGCGCGUUUGUGGGGACAGCGUAAAAACAAAGCCAACAUGAAUUACGACAAAUUAAGCAGAGCCCUUCGAUAUUAUUAUGACAAAAACAUCAUCAGGAAAGUCAUGGGGCAGAAAUUUGUCUACAGAUUCGUGUCAUAUCCGGAAGUGAUGAAAGCGGAUAAGUUAUCAUAUUCAUCGCCCUCAUUGGCGAAUCGAAUGAUCAUGAAAUCUGAGAAGCAAGAAGAAGAAGAAAACGCUGCUGCCAUCCGUGAAAACAACAAACAACUUGCCGAGAAAGUGUGCUCAUCCAACCCACAGGCAAUCGGCCUACCGGGGUACUAUCUCAAUGGAAUGGGAAUGCAAUCCAUUGCUAGAUUAGCGUACGCUCCGAGCGGGGAGGUUCCCGGGUUGGUCCGACCCAUAUCCACAACAACGCCUCUACAGUUCAAUAACAACAACAGUGUUCACGUCGUUAACCCAUCCUUACCUGCCUAUACACUACCACCUGAUUAUGGACUCAAUCUAAGUUCCAAAUUGUCAGACACCAAACCAUGUGAUGUCAAAGAUUCGGCCAAGAGAAUUAGUGAAGAUUUAACAUCUGCUCGUCAGAGUAGUGCCAUCAGUUCUGCGUUCCCGGACGGGGGACAGAACUCUAACGACAGAACUGACAGGGAUACGACUGUGCCGCUCAAUUUAAGUGCCGACACGGCCGACGAGAAGAAGGCCAAGCGUACAGCCAAUGAUGCGGAAAAUCUAGAGCUAGAUCGGAUGAAACGGGUCAAAAGCGAGCAAACUGAAGCUACUGAUUUAAGCAUGAAAACUACUGCUACUGCUUCACAGAGUCGCCUCAACAACCAUUCGGAGGCGAGCAACGAUUUCGUUGGCAAUCGAUUAUCUCGGCCAAAAGCUAGACCUAAACCGCGGCCAUUAGUUCUUCCUGAUUCGUCUCUUUCACACUACCGAGGUGGAAAUAUGCCGCCCGUUUCCAGUCCACUGAGCUCCUCACCGUGUUCUUCGUUAUCACCGUCUACCUUAAAUUCACCUGCUCCUUCUUCAUCCCCAUCAGUCUCUUCGCACAAUCACGCCACAAUGAGCAAACCUCCUCAUUCACCCUCGCUUCAGACGCCGUUCUUUAGCAAUUUUCCCGCUCCUCUUCCGUCGCCUAGUCUCUUCCCAAACUACCCUUCUCCGUUUAUUCCAUUAGCCACUCCGCUACCACAUCCGCACAGUCACGCCCUCAAUACAGCUCAACUACAUUUUUGGAGCUCGCUCAGCCCGUUAGCGGUAGCCAGUAGCCCUCGUUAUCCCAUCAACAGCAAAGGUUCGUCCGGCAGCGUGAGUGGAGAGAGCGGAAGCGAUGGGCCUCCAUCUUCGGCCCCGUUGCUCAGUGCCUUUCCUAGUUCGUCCGCUCUCCCGUCCCUUUCGCCUUCUCAUUUUACCUUUCCCGUUCCGGCUUUCCCUUUCACGGCGCCGCUCUCCUUCUCCAAUCCGUUGCGCUCACCGCUUUUUACUCCGGGACCUCAUAUACACCUCAGUAACCAUCGGAAAGAGCGAGAGAAGGUUAAAGAGGAGCCGAAAGACGAUACGAAUCGUGCUGAUCAGGAGGAUACGGACGAGAAAUCGAAACCUGUUGUAAAAAAGGAAGAAGAAGAAGGAUACGAAGAAGCUGAAAUGGGCGAUAAAAAUGAAGAGCCAACUUCCGCAAGGACACGGUCCGUUUCAUCUUCCCCGUCGGAAUCUUGAUUUAUCAGAUCGUCGUAUCCUACUCUAUUUUUUAAUGGUUGUUUAGUUGGUUGUUUUACUUUAAAUUGGAUUCGCUCGCUCAGA